AUGUCAUUGGGAUGGUCUUCCGUCUUUUUCUCCAUAUUAGUAUUAUGCUGGUGUUGCAUUUUCAUCAAUUCGCUGUCUUUAAGAUUUUCAGUCGCCUUCGAAGUUAGAUCUUUAUUUCAUAAUGAUAUGGUCGUCGAUGGUGGUGCUCAUAAUAUUUUCUGGUUCGUACAUAUCACAGAUUUGCAUUUUAGCAAGUUCGGUUCUAAAGACAGACAGAUGGACUUCUUGGAGUUUUGUUCUACACACAUUCCUGUGAUUCGACCUGAAGUCGUAAUCGCAUCAGGUGAUAUCACUGAUGGCAAGGGUAAGACGUUCUCGUUAUCUUUGCAAAAUCUGGAAGAAUGGAGGGAUUAUUCGUCAAUUUUGAAUCAAUCUGGAGUACUAAAUCUAACUAAGUGGCUUGACGUACGGGGGAAUCAUGAUAGUUUUGACGUUCCAUCAUUUGGUGGUUAUGGUGAUUAUUACAGUCAAUUUGGUGUAAGGGGCGGAUCUUCAUUAAAGUCACACAUAUUCAAACUAGUAAAACCAUAUGGUCAGUAUUCCUUUAUAAGUAUUGAUUUGUCCACUGAACCUGGAUUGAAAUGGCCUUUUAAUUUUUUCGGUAGUUUUAACUUGAAUGUCAAAAGACAGUUGUUAAAGUCGAUUGAUGAAGCCAAAGAUAGUAAUCAGACAUUUGUAUUUGGACAUUAUCCAACUUCCACGGUUGUUUCAAGUGAUUCUAAUCUGGGUACAAUGAUUGGAGAUAGUGCAUUUGCAUAUUUAUGCGGUCAUUUACAUACGUUGUUUGGAUUGGCUAAGAAGAUGUAUUUUUUACAGCCUCAAGGAUAUUGGGAAUGGGAAUUAGGUGAUUGGCGUGAAAAUCGUUACUACAGAAUUGUAGCUGUUGACAACGAUUUAGUGUCGUUUGUAGAUGUGAGGAAAUUCUCGCUUAAUAAUUCAAGCAAAGAAUGGCCUAUUAUUUUAAUCACAAAUCCUAAAAACGCUAACUUUUUACUUCCAAAAAAAGAACCAUUCCACAGGAUCGAGUUUUCUACGCACAUAAGAAUUCUAGUUUGGUCACUAUCGCCUAUUCUAAGAGUUUCUGUGUCAAUCGAUGGCAUUCAUCAAGGAUUCGCCGAACCAGCUAAUUCACUUGAAAGUGGUAAUUCAACACCUUUAUAUGUACUUCCAUGGAAUACAUCUCAGUGGUCAACCAAUCCGUAUUCAUUUCACGUGAUUGAAGUCACAGCUAGGGACGUCAACAAUAAUCAGCGUACAGUUGUUCAGUCGUUCAGUCUUCGAAAUCGUGCUGUUUUUCCUAUUGGGUUUCUAUCGAAAUUUUUGGUUGCCAAUAGUAUGUCAGUUUCUGUUUCUGCACUUUAUUAUACUUUAUGGAUAACAGUAUUCACGUUUUUGAUAUCACCGCUUUUAAUUCGUCGUCCGAACUUACUUGUACAUCUGUUCCGUACAAGACUCGGUAGAGAUAUGUUUAUCACAGUUAUGGUAAAACAUGUGUUCGGUUAA